AUGGGCGUACUCAUGGAGGCCGGGGAAGAGGACUCGGUCGCCGGGGAGACGAGGAGGAGGCGGGCCGGACCGGGGCCGGCUCGCUCCCGGCUCGGAGAGGACAGAGUCGCGAGACCGCCCAAGAAGAAGUGGAUCGAGGAGUACCUAGGUGAGUCGGAGGAUACACGGCACAGCGGCGGAGGGCUGUCAUACGACUCUACUCACCGGAGAGAAGUGUAUCGACACACACACACACACACACACAGACACACAUACACACACACAUACGCAGUAUUACUAAUGUUAGAUGGAUGA